AUGGACAUUCCUAAUCAACGUCAUUUUCAGGAACAUUUAGAAAAAUAUUAUGAAUUAUUAUCACGAACAUGUACAGAUCCAGAACAAUGUUAUGUUUGGCUUUACAAAUUGAUCAAUCAUAUUUUGUUACCAACCUUAAUUCGAUUAGGUUCAAUGGAUACACAAACAAAAGUAGUGGACAUAGAACAAACGAUUGAACAGACUAUUAUCUUCCCACAUAUUAUGUUAUUUACCGAUGAAAUCAAUCAAUAUCGUGUGGCCUAUGCAGAAUUUAUUCGUGAACGUGAUGCUCAACCACAUCUAACAGAUUAUAUUGAUGAACUACGUGAAAAGGAACAACUUUAUCCAUUUCUCUCCUUUUUUAAUUCGAGCAAAAUUAUUACUACAAAUCCAUUGGAUGAAUUUCGUGUCAAAAUGGACACAUUACCAUUCUCCGUUAAACUCUAUCCUGUGACUACAUUUUUAUUAAAACGAUUAGAUAAUUAUGCAAAUAUUCAACAUCUUUAUCCUAUUGUUGAAUUUACUAACUAUUUAUUAUGUAAAUAUAAUUAUCGAAUUAAACGAAAUGAUGCUGCCAUGAAAACGGUUGAAGACUGUUUAAAUGAAGCACGAACAGAUCGAGAAACAAUACGCAUUCUUUUUAAUCAAUUUCUUCAUGCUUGGUAUAAACUUGACCUCAAAGAAGUUCAAGCAGGUUGUCAAAGACCUGCUGUUGACCGACCUAUGACGGCUGCGAAUUUUGCACGUGAUACCAGUUUAGCAUUACUCUUAAUCAAUACUUCGAAAGAUGCUAGUAGUCUUCUUGUCGUCGCCUAUUUACAUACGUUGAGUAAGAUGCAAAAUGAAAUUAUUGGAUAUUUUAAUAAUACGAUUUUGAACGAAAGGAUUGAUUUUCCACAUAUACGAGUACAGGCAAUCAAAGCAGAACAUGUCUUUCGAUUUGAUGCUCAUGAAUUGAAUGCGAAAUUAGAUCGAGAUGGGUUUAUGAUCAAUUUCGAAUAUGGGAAAGGACGAGAUUUGAUUUAUGAUUUUGAAGAAAUUGAAAUUACAUUACGAAAUCUGGUUAGUUGUUUUCAUGUUCUCGAUUAUGAAGAAUUACAAGUAUUUAACUAUCAAUUUGAAUUAUAUGCAGAAAAUACUUCAUUGAUCACUCAAAUUCGACGACGUGUUCAACAACAACCAUUGCCAAUGAAUGAGCAAGAAAAAUAG